CCCAGGAUCAGGCAUGUACUCUGAAGACUCCAGCACACUCAUGUCUGUACCUGUGGCUUUGUCACAUACAGGAAUGCGCUGGCCCGAGGCUGCUGUUUUUCAUAUUGAAUGUCUAGCAUGUUCACACAUCCCGUUAGGAGGGGAUAUGGAACAGACUAUGUGUACCAGUGGACGCACUUGCAAACAUGUAUUUGCUAGGUGUCGCUGUGCCCAACCCGGGGCCUCUGUAGCCGGGGUAAAUAGCUCAAUAUUUUGCUUCUCUGGGUGUUCCAGCGUGUGACGCAAUAGCAGCGAACGAGGGCGUCAUCAUGAAGUCACUGCAGGAGAAGGGGAAAGGGGCGGGAGGGCACUCCCUUGAGGGGAGGAGCCCUUUCACCCGGCCCUCGAAGCGGCACCUUCUCUCUCUUCACCGGCACCUUCUCUCUCUUCACCGGAGUUUCUCUAGAGCCUCCUCCCUCGGAUAAGACCUCUUCCAGCUGCCACCACAGAAAGCUCUGUUUUCAAUCCGGGGUUUUGAAGUUUAGGCUCUGGUCACUUUGAGAAUCUCUGGAAGCCCUGCCCCCAGUUUUAAGUUUCAUCCAAUAAAGAACCUAAAGGAGGGGCCGGCAGGCGGUUCAGUGACGCAAUGCAGAUUGAUUGGCAUUCAGGCCAUCGACGUCCUGGAUUAGCCCCGAGUUUCGCCAAUGCAAAGGCAGGGGUGGGACGGUGCAGGCGCAGAGGAUUGGGUUUGGCUGGACUCGAUUUAAAGAGACAGAAGCUGUCGGGGUCCAAGAAGACGGUACCCACGACCCUCCCCCCAAGUCCUUGGGACCACUUGGGUCCCCAAAGCUGGGGAGAUGGUUUGCGGAGGCUUUGCCUGCUCCAAGAAUGCGCUGUGCGCGCUCAACGUAGUCUACAUGCUGGUAGGCUUGUUGCUCAUUGGAGUGGCUGCUUGGGCUAGGGGCCUGGGUCUGGUGUCCAGCAUCCACAUCAUCGGAGGAGUCAUCGUUGUGGGAGUCUUCCUUCUUCUCAUCGCGGUGGCUGGACUGGUGGGUGCUGUCAACCACCACCAAGUACUGCUGUUCUUUUACAUGAUCAUCCUUGGUUUGGUCUUCAUCUUCCAGUUUGGAAUCUCUUGCUCAUGUCUGGCUAUUAACCUAAGCAAACAGACAGAUGUCAUCAAUGCUUCCUGGUGGGUCAUGAGCAACAAGACCCGGGAUGAACUGGAAAGAAGUUUUGAUUGCUGUGGCCUGUUCAACCUCACAACCCUAGACCAACAAGAUUAUGCUUUCUGCACUGCAAUCUGCAAGAGCCGGAGCCCCACGUGCCAGAUGUGUGGAGAGAAGUUUCUUAAGCAUUCCGACGAAGCCCUGAAAAUCCUGGGGGGCGUUGGGCUCUUCUUUAGCUUUACAGAGAUCCUUGGUAUGUGGCUAGCAAUGAGAUUUCGGAAUCAGAAGGAUCCUCGAGCCAACCCCAGUGCCUUUCUAUGAGACUUUGGAUCCUUCUGACUUCUCUCCUGCUGUCUGCUUUCCCUAAGCUUUUUCUUCCUCCCUUAGGGAAAACCUGGGGUCUACAGCCCUUUUUGUUUGAGAAAAAGGAAAGGCCCUUUGCUAUGCUCCCUAAAGAUGACUGAAUAGCUAGGCUUUAUGCCUUGGCAUCUUUUGUUGGGAGUAAGAUUAUAAGGAAUAAAGAAAAACCUUCCUUCCUCUCUCCCUAAGUGAAUAUGGGAAGCUCCUGGCAGUGCAUGAAAUGGGAUGGGGAUUGGAGUCAUUCUUGGCUGUUUCCCCUCUUCUCCCUUCCACAUACUAGACCAUCUCAACACAUCUUUGCUCCAAGAGUAAAUCAGGGACAGAUCCAGAGAGAAAACCAAGCACUCUUGUAAUAAGCAGGACUCGGUUUGGGGAAGUUCAGUGAAUAUAAAAAUAAAAACCAUUUAAACUCCAUAAUCAAAGAAGCAACGUAAGUGCCUUUUCUUCUCUUUAGUUAGUUGAGGGGCUCCACUGACUAUGUAGGCCCUGUGACCUAAGGAGAAUGUGCGGGGAAGUUCCAUCUUCCAAAUGGUUUUUUCAAAUCCCCAAACGGCAAAGCCAACCAGAGAAAGAAACAUUAAAAAAAAAAAAAAAAAAAA